AUGAAGAUGGCAACACUACACUUGUGCUUGGUUUUCUUUCUAAUUAGCAUAUGUACCAUGGCUUCUGUCUCAUCAGCAUCACUCAAAGUGGGCUUUUAUAAGACAAGUUGUCCUUCUGCAGAAGCAAUUGUGAGAAAAGCUGUGAACAAAGCUGUGUCAAGGAAUCCUGGCAUAGCUGCUGGCCUAAUCAGAAUGCAUUUCCAUGACUGUUUUGUUAGGGGUUGUGAUGCUUCUGUUCUACUUGAUUCAACUCCUGGGAACCCAGCAGAGAAGGAAAAUAUAGCCAACAAUCCAAGUUUGCGAGGCUUUGAAGUGAUUGAUGAAGCAAAGGCUGAACUAGAAGCUCAAUGCCCUAAAACUGUUUCAUGUGCAGACAUUAUAGCAUUUGCUGCUCGUGACAGUGCCUACAAAGUUGGAGGCAUAAAUUACAAAGUGAUAUCGGGUCGUCGUGAUGGUCAGGUGUCACGUGAAGAUGAGCCUACCCAAAACCUUCCCCCUCCUUUCUUUGAUGCCAAGCAACUAGAGGAAAACUUUGCACGAAAAGGCCUUAGUCUUGAUGAAAUGGUGACACUUUCUGGGGCACAUUCUAUAGGCGUGUCACAUUGUUCUUCUUUCUCAAAGCGGCUAUACACUUUCAAUGCAACACACCCACAAGACCCUUCAAUGGACCCCAAAUUUGCUAGAGACUUGAAAGCUAAGUGUCCCCCACAAUUAAGUUCUGGAAAUGGUGGUGAUCCUACAGUGCCACUGGAUGUUCUUACACCAAACAAACUUGAUAAUAAGUAUUACAAAGAUUUGAUGAAUCACCAUGGCUUGUUGACCUCUGAUCAAACUCUUUUGAGCAGCCCUGCAACGGUGGGGAUUGUGAGGAACCAUGCAAGAAAUGAUGCAGCUUGGGCUAACAAGUUUGCAGCAGCUAUGGUGAAAAUGGGUUCCAUUGAUGUUCUCACAGGAAGGCUGGGUGAGGUCAGGAAGAAUUGCAGGGUUGUCAAUUAA